CGUACAACUCUGCCCUCUUGGCUCCAUCAUUGCCUCAAUUUUCCAUACAGUAAGUACCUUCUCUUCCAUCUCUUUCUUCUUCUUCUUCUUCUUCACUGCUUCCUCAACAUCUCCUUCAUCUCUCUCCCUCUCUCUGAUGAUGGCCUCUAAAUUGUUUCCUCUGCUCUUCCUCUUCCUCUCUCACCUCCUUCAACCUCAUUCAUUUGUGAAAGCAGACACCAAACUGAUCCGCAAAACCUGCAAGAACACAAAGUACUACGACCUCUGUUACUCUUCCCUGAAAUCUGACCCCACAAGUCCAAACGCAGACCCAAAGGGUCUAGCUGUGAUCAUGGUUGAGAUUGGAAUGGCCAACGCAACUGCAACUUCGUCAUACCUGUCGUCUAAGUUGGUAGGCCCUUCAAACGACACCAUCUUGAACAGAGUCCUCAAAGAAUGCUCAGACAAGUACAGUUAUGCUGUUGAUGCCCUUCGAGCUUCUGUGCAGGACCUGGCUAAUGAAGAGUAUGACUAUGCUUAUAUGCGUGUCACUGCAGCUUCAGAUUACCCCAAUGUUUGUCACAAUGCCUUUAAACGCUAUCCCAAUUUGGUCUAUCCUCCAGAAAUCUCUCGUAGAGAAAAGGGUUUGAAGCAUAUCUGUGAUGUGGCUCUGGGGAUUAUUGAUAAUCUGAAUUGGUAUUAGCUCAAUCAAUGUCUUCUCUUCUCUCACUGUAAUGCAGAACCAUUAUAUCUUCGUGUUUAAUCUUUCUGAAUCUUGUCUGUCUUCUGAUAUAAGGUGUAUUUAGCUAGCGUUUUCUCUCAAUGCAAAUUCAUGCCUUUUCUGAA